CGGCUCCAUUACGGAAGUUUGAAGGUUCACUGAAAAAACUGGCAGAAAAGUCAGAACUGAAUAGAAGAUUGGAUAAUUCUGGUUUGUCAAAGUGUUGAAAGAUUUUAAGUAAAGAAAAAAAAAUCAUUCUAAACCUGAUGGCAAUCAAGAAAAAUUUCUCCAUUUGACAGUUCGUCUAUAUAUCCACGUGUACUUUUGUGUCUCGUGUUGCGUAAUUAAGAGUUCUACUGCAAGGAACUCCCUUUUUCGUUAGAUACAAAUCAGCAGCCAAUAAGAAGUCGUCUGUAAUUUCCACCAAUCGGUUGUCGUACUUGAAGGCCGAGACUGAACAAAAGGACCUGCAUCAAACAGCUGUUAGAAUAUCAACGUUGUCAUAUCUAUCAUCUCAUAAACAGAAUAGUGGCAUGCGUCGAUUAAUCUAUGGCAGAUCAACAAGAUCAGUCGUCACUCGGGGGGUCUGUAGAGAAGGCUAGUGCUUCAGCAGACGCCUCUAAAUUAAGGGGGAAAAAUAGUAGCACUACUGGAUAUAGAAAGCGACAGGGAGCUGGAACUGUUGUUGCAACACUCGCUGAAAAACGUCGCAAACAGACUGAUUCACAACCCUCUCAAACUUGUGGUAUCCCCGUUCACCGGCGCUCAAUCGAUUCAUCUAAAGGAGAAAGUAAAGCAAAGGGAGAACGUAAAAAUCAUGGAGGUGGUGUAGGAUCGCUUGCUGAUACUGAUUGGAAGCAACUGAAAGCACAAAAUUCUUCUAACAAUAUCAGUAGUAGUAACUCUGGAAGAAAAACUGCUGCAAAAAGCACUUUACCUGAACUUAAUUCUGCACCUAUUGAUUGUGUAGCUUCUCGAACUCGUUCUCGUGCUCCACAGAAUCCAACUGUUCAAAGCACUAGUAAUUUCGAAGUAUCAUUGGCCAAUAUAUAUAAUAUUUAUAACAGCAAAAAAUCAUCGGCUAGUCAAGUUAAUAUAACGCCGUCAUCCAGUAAUUCUUUAACUAGUUAUCCUUCUACAUCUCGAGGACGAGUAAAAAGCUAUUUUUUGGAAAUGUUAGGUUCCAAAAUACAAAGUGGUGGCGGAAAUUACAUAAACGGUGGAACGGGUAGUCAAGUUCUGGGUGUGAAGUCCAGCAUCAGAGUGGGUAACGCAGCUAGUAACUCUGUGGAGAGUGGAGGGGGUGCGUUGGCACAUGACGGGGCAGGCACAAGUGGCGUUACAACGACGUCCACUGGAAACCCCCCAGUGUCUGCCUCCGCGAGUGCCAACUCUACGCACCAUCAUCCAACGCAUAAACAUCUGUUACGAUCACGAGUAAAGUUGUCUAGUGAUCAACCAAAGGAGCUUACAACGAGUGGCAAAUCUCUUGGGAAACAUCAUAAAAAAGAUACAACGACGGGAUCUUGUUCGAGUUCUCGACAUCGCUCGCUGUCACGAGCACGCAAAUCAGCAGGAGGAGAAACAAGUACUUCUGCUAGUACUGGAUUGGUUAUGUCGACAAGUGAUUCACUAACCAAUACCACUACACCUACAUCUGCAUCAGCAUCAGUAACGCCGGGAGGUCCUCUUACUUCUUCAGUUGGUGAAGAAGAAUCUACUGCCAGUGCAACGUCAGCUGCUCCUAGUGGAGGUCCAUCUGGAAUGUCUGGUACAACUGGUGACAGCGAAAGCGAUGACGGAGAAGUUGGCCGGCUUCAAGCUCUUCUUGAAGCACGGGGUCUUCCUCCUCACGUUUUUGGAGCUUUAGGACCAAGAAUGCAACAUUUGCUCAAUCGUAGUAUGGGAGCUAGCUCAGCUGCAAAAGCACAACAGCUUCUAGCAGGUUUACAAGCCGUAAAUGAUGAAGGAGAACAGCUGCAAGCAGUUAUAGGAAUGGGAGAAAUUCUCGUUAUGGGAAAUGAAGACACUCUUACUGGUUUCCCAGUUAAACAAGUUGUUGCAGCAUUAAUAAAUCUCUUAGGAAUCGAGCACAAUUUCGUCAUCAUGACCCACGCGUGCCGAGCACUCACAUAUAUGAUGGAAGCAUUACCUAGAUCAUCAACGGUUGUAGUAGAUGCAGUUCCAGUUUUUCUCCAGAAAUUAGAAUCUAUUGAAUGCAUGGAUGUUGCAGAACAAUGUCUAACAGCUCUUGCUAUGUUAUCACGAAGACAUAGUAAGACAAUCCUUCAUGCUGGUGGUGUAAGUGCUUGUUUAAAAUUCGUCGAUUUCUUCAACAUCACAGCUCAACGUGCUGCAUUAACAAUUACCGCCAAUUGCUGUCAAAAUCUUCAUCCAGACGAUUUCCACUUAGUUUCUGACAGCUUGACAUUGUUAACAAGUAGACUUGCAAAUCAAGAUAAAAAAAGUGUCGAAUGUGUUUGCCAAGCAUUCAGUCGUUUAGUUGAUAGUUUUCAACACGAUCCUGUGAUGUUGCAUAAAAUCAUUACUCCUGAGUUAUUGCAAAAUCUUCAGCAAUUGUUAAUGAUUACACCUCCAGUUAAUAGUAUUAAUAAUUUCAUCACUGUUUUACGAAUGCUCUCUGUGAUAUCAAAUCGGUGUCCCGAUUUAGCCCAACUGCUGCUUCAACAAAAUAUAGCUUACACAUUAAGCUAUUUACUGACUGGUUCUCUUGAAGUAAAAACGGAAGAUGUCGAAUUGGUACCACGAUCUCCUCAAGAAUGGUUUGAAAUAACAUGUCUCAUCGAAGAGUUGAUGCCUCCAUUGCCUACAGAUGGAAUAUUUAGUGUAAAUAGUCUACUUGAACGAACGAAUAAUCAACAAGAAACUGUUCAUUGGGAAUGGCGUGAUGAAAGACAUUGUUGUCAUCCAUUUAGCACCAUUGAUUCACGAAUCAUUGAAAUGGCGUUUCAAAAUGGCGAAGAUGAGAUUUGUCUUUCUACUUUAGGUCGCACUUAUACGAUCGAUCUUACAACAAUGAAACAAAUAAAUGAAGACAUCGGUAUGGCUCGAAGUAUAUUCCGUCGAGUGAUGACGGAUCACUCUGAGAAUAAGAGUCCUACUUGUUCAUCGAAUAUGGAUGUUGUUCCACCAGUGAUUGAAACAAAUGAAUGGCUGGUAUCUUUCAUUAGAACAUUAUUUUCUGUUCUCUAUGAAGUGUAUAGUAGCUCUGCAGGGCCUGCUGUAAAAUGUAAAUGCUUACGUGCACUAUUACGUAUGGUAUAUUAUGCAUCUACUGAUCUUCUCAAGGACGUGCUAAAAAAUCAAGUUGUAUCAUCCCACAUAGCUGGGAUGUUGGCGUCUCAAGACCUUAGAAUAGUAAUAGGGGCAUUACAAAUGGCUAGUAUUUUAAUGAAAAGGUUGCCUCAAGUGUUUGGAGUACAUUUCCAUAGAGAAGGAGUAUUACAUCAAAUUCGACAAUUGGCCGAUCCUGAGGUCCCUCUUGGCGUCUCACCACCCAAGUGCUCUUCUGGUACAUCAUUACCUAGUCCACAACCGGGUCCAUCCAAUACACCACUCUCUUCAGCUAUGACAUUGUCUUCUAGUAGUGCAAUGACCCCUGUUGCUUCCCCAACCACUAAUGGAAACAUUCUAUUUGGCUCACUAGCGACAAGCCAACUAAAGCCAAAUCUUGCAACAACAAUGGAAACUCGUAGCAAAAGUGAUCUGAGUACAAAUAUUCAAGAAGCAACUACACCACAAAGUGCUCAUCUAAGAAUUGGAGAUGUACUAAAGAGAAAACGGCAGAGUAAGAAAGGAAGACUCGCACGUUUGGGCAAUACUACACCUCAGCAAAAUCAACAACCUGAGUCAUUGUUCACUGGAUUUACUCCAAAGAAUAAUAGAUUUCUGGGUAAUUUAAAUCCAGCUCGAUGGGGUAGAAAGUCUUCAACUUCAAGUGGCUCAGGUGAAAAAAGGGAUUCUACUUCAUCAUCUAGCCUUACAAAACCACCAAGUAAUCCAAGUUUAACUGGUGGAAAUCGUGAUAAAGCCAAGGCAUGGGUACGUGAACAAGCUUCACAAUUUUUAUCGAGGUAUCAAGAUGAUGCUCCAUGUACUCAUCCAGCUCUCACAGUGUUAUCACGUCUUACCGCAGCAAUUCAACGGCUACAAUCAAAUGAGUUAGAUGAAAUGUUAUCAGCAUUAACAGAACUACGUGAUAUAGUGCUUGAAAGUGACAUUUCACCGUUUGAAAUGAAUUAUAGUGGUCUAAUUAAAGCUCUUUUAAAUUAUUUAACUACAACUGAUGCACCGGGUAAUCGUUAUGAUAGAUUACGAAUGUUUUGGAAGUUAUUCGCGGAAUCUACAAUGCAACAGGACGGAAAUAUUGUUGAUUUAAAUCCUGGAGCUUUUGGAGCUCUUGUUAGUAAACUCAAUAGUUGUGUUGCGCAAUUGGAACAAUUCCCAGUCAAAGUUCAUGAUUUACCAGCAGGUUCUGGUGCAGGACGUGGCGGAACAAGUGCUUUGAAAUUUUUCAAUACGCACCAAUUAAAAUGCAACCUUCAACGACAUCCUGAUUGUAAUAAUUUGAAACAGUGGAAAGGUGGUACAGUGAAAAUUGAUCCACUCGCAUUAGUUCAGGCUAUUGAACGUUAUUUGAUGGUUCGAGGUUAUGGAAGAAUUCGUGAUGCUGAGUCUAUGGUUAGUGAUGAUGAAAAUAGUGAAGAUGACAUCGAUGAUACUUUAGCAGCGGUUGUUAUAAGUCAAGGAUCUAAACACAAAUUACAAUUUUUAAUUGGAGAUGAAAUAUUACCAUUUAAUAUGACAGUUUAUCAAGCAGUGAGACAAUUUAGUUGCCCAGGAAUGGAUCAUUCCGAGGCUGAGACUGAUAGUGAGCCACCUCUUGGUCAUGAUGCCGUAUGGGUUCAAACUCACACAAUUUAUUAUCGACCAGUGCCUGAGGAAGACGCGUCGGUAUCACCCAAACCAGGUUCUAGCUCUCAAGGUAGUUCAAGUAGAAAAGGCAAAGGUAAAAGUACAAAAAUAAGUUCCAAGAGGAAAGAAGAUAGCCUUUGGCUAGAAGGAGCAGUUCCACCACCCAAGUGCCCUCUUGCUCCAUAUCUUUCAGCAGUUUUGCCAUCAGUGACAAUUUCUGAUGCAUCAUUGGAUGGUUUAUGUUUAUUACGACUACUUCAUUCUUUAAAUCGCCACUGGGGUAUUUUGUUCCCUCAUAUAAAAAGUACAGCUUUAUUGUCUCCACAAGAUUUUAUCAAUAAUAAAAUUGCUGCCAAAGCUAAUAGACAAUUACAAGAUCCUUUGGUUAUCAUGACUGGUAAUUUACCAUCUUGGUUGCAACAAAUCGCAACAGUUUGUCCAUUUUUGUUUCCGUUUGAAACAAGGCAACUACUUUUAUACGCAACUUCAUUCGAUCGUGAUCGUGCUUUACAACGACUCCUCGAUUCAGCACCGGAAUUAUCUGGCUCAGAUAGCCAAGAACGUGUUACACCACGUUUAGAAAGAAGAAAACGGACUAUCUCUCGAACAGAUAUUCUUAAACAAGCAGAACAAGUUAUCCAAGAUUUAGCGUCUAGUAAAGCUCUACUUGAAGUGCAAUAUAUUAACGAAGUUGGUACUGGACUGGGUCCAACACUUGAAUUUUACGCUCUAGUUUCUCGUGAACUACAACGGGCAGAUCUGGAACUCUGGCACGGUAGUUCAAGCCCUGAUGAAUCUGGUUAUGUAAAUACUUUGAAAGGACUCUUUACUAAACCAACACCGUGGAAUACUAAGGUUCCACAUCUUGCAAAGCUUAAAGCUAAAUUUAAAUUCUUGGGAAAGUUUAUGGCUAAGGCUAUUUAUGAUUCAAGAAUGAUUGACUUACCAUUCAGCUUAACAUUCUAUCGAUGGUUAUUAGGAGAAGAACAGACUCUUACAUUGGCUGAUAUUGCUCACAUUUGUCCGGAUCUUUAUCGUACACUGAGUAAGCUUCAAGAUGUUGUUAGAAGAAGAGAGGCCAUUGAACGAGAUCAAACUUUACGAACUCAUGAAAGAGCACAACUUAUUGAAUCUCUUGAUUUAGAUAAUUGUCCUAUUAAUGAUCUCGGAUUAGUCUUUGUUUUACCGGGAUAUGAGAAUAUUGAACUCAGGAAAGGAGGAAGUGAAAUAGCUGUGACUAUUCACAAUUUGGACCAAUAUAUUAAGCUUGUGGUCCAUUGGUUCCUCUAUGAGGGGGUAUUUAGACAAAUGGAAGCAUUUCGAGAAGGUUUCGAGUCAGUGUUUCCUACAAAUCAACUGAGAUUAUUCUUCCCUGAAGAAUUAGAAGCAGUAUUUUGUGGUCAUGGACAAAGUGGUGGAAAGUGGGAUGUCAAAACUCUUAUGGAGUGUUGUAGAACUGAUCAUGGUUAUACACCAGAUUCUCGUGCAAUUCGAUUUUUGUUUGAAGUUAUGGCGGGAUAUAAUAGUGAAGAACAAAGACAAUUUAUUCAGUUUGUUACGGGAUCUCCACGUUUGCCUGUUGGUGGCUUCAAGAGUUUAAGCCCACCAUUAACAAUAGUACGUAAAACUUUUGAUCCUUCAAUGAAGACAGAUGAUUUUCUACCAUCUGUGAUGACAUGUGUCAACUAUCUUAAACUGCCGGACUAUACUACUUUAGAAAUAAUGCGAGAAAAGCUACGAAUAGCUGCGCAAGAAGGCCAACAUUCGUUCCAUCUGUCCUAGAAAUGGAUUCCAAAAAUCCCUCCUGUUAGGAUAGGGACCAUAUGCAGAUAUCUUGGAAGAUAAUAUAUAUUAAAAAUAAUUUUCAACAUCGUUGCCAACAUUAUGAUCAUCAUGGUAAAAUUAUUAAGAAUUUUGCAACAAAGAAAUUGUUUUUGUUGCAUUUUUAAUAUGUAUUAUUAUUUAUUUUCCAAGAUUAUCUAUUUGUAAUAAUAUAGUAAAAAGCAUAAUGAAUAAUUUUUUUUUGAAUUCAUUUGAUUUCAUAUAGAAUUCUCGUCAUUUUGACUUGUCUUGAUGCGGUUUUUAAUAAAAUGUAAAUUUGUGUUUGGUCUAAGACCUAAGUGUUGUAAUUAAUUUUAGAUAAUUUAAGUUAAUUUGAUAGGUAAAAAAACUAAGUCGAUUAAUCGUCAAAUUUUUCAUUGUCGAUUUCGAUUUGAAAGUGAGAAAAGCUAUAUCUGCGGUAUGUACUGCGAUUAAUAAAAAAGGAAAAGAAAAAAAAAACAGAAUGUAAAUAAAAAUAGUUAUUUCAGCAUAGUUUGAUAUACGUAAGUCUAUAUAAAUACUUUAUCAUACAGCCACGAAGCACUGAUACUAAUGGAAUUAUAUAUUGUAGGAGUGUGAGAACGAUCAUUAAGUCUUAAGUGAAGUUUUAUAUCAGCGAUGUACUCCAUUCGUGUGCAUCGCCAACUCUCUUGGCUCAUGACGGUCAAGAUUAGAGUAUCAUAUUGAUGAUUAAUGAAAAAUCAUUAAUUGUGGUGCGUUAAAAAAUGCGCAUAAUUGAUAGUUGUAAGAAAACUUACGUCUUUGAAAACAAACAAAAUCAUAACUCCAUGUUUCUUGCUCGUUGUGUUGUAAUCGAUCUCUUAUUUGCUGCCAGAUAUUCUGCAGAGCUUAUCGAGCACUGUUUAAUAUCGUAAGCAACGCUGUUUAAUUUUACUUAUGAGUUACAAUUAAUGGAAUAAUUAAUAUUAUUAUAAUACUUAUAAUUAUUAGCCUAUUAAAUAUUAUUUCUCAUUGCUAUUGUAAAGAUAAGGUAGCGAAAUCAUUAUUUAGUUACAUAAGGGUGCCGUUAUCAUCGUCAGACUGUUUGGCUUAGAAUUAAUUGCAUACUCUAAUAAAAAUAGUUCAUUAAUGGUGAAUUUUCAUGAUCAUAAUA